AUGUCCAAGACGGUCGCCUUCCUCGGCGCCUCCUCCGGCGUCGGCCUCGCCACCCUCCGCGCAACCCUCGCCGCAGGCCACCGCGCCAUCGCCCUCUGCCGCACCCCCGCCAACCUCACAGCCCACCUGCCCCUCGACGCGCACCCGAAUCUGCGCAUCGUCGCCGGCAACGCCCACGACGCCGCCGCCGUGGCGCAGGUCCUCCAAAAGGACGCCACGCACCUCGUCGACACGGUCAUCUUCACCAUCGGCGCCCGCAUGAAGGGCCUCUCCUUCGAGGACCCCCACGUCUGCGAGAACGGCAUCAAGGCGCUGCUCGACGCCCUGACGCGCCUGCGCGCCGACGGCCUCGGCGGCAGGCCGCGCCUCGUCGUCUGCAGCACGACCGGCAUCUCGCGCCACGCGCGCGACGUGCCGCUGCUCAUGGUGCCGCUGUAUCGCCUGGCCCUCGCGGUGCCCCAUGUCGACAAGAGGGCCAUGGAGGUCCUGCUCGAGGGCGGCGGCGAGGAUUUCACCGUUGUGCGGUGCAGCCUGUUUGUGGGCGCCGCGUCCGAUGCCGCGAUUCGCGUCGGCGUCGAGGAUCCCGUCGCCGGCACCGAGUCGACGGCCGUUGGGUACACCAUCUCACGCGAGGAUGCUGGGGCGUGGUUUGCGGAGAACCUCGUGAAGCAGGACGGCGCCAGGUUCCUCAACAAGAUUGCGACCAUCACAUACUGA